AAACUCAAAAACGAAGUGGAGGAAGAGAGAAGAUGAUCAGUGCAGAUGAUUUCUACAAGGUCAUGUGUGCAAUGGUUCCAUUGUAUUUUGCAAUGCUGGUUGCAUAUGGGUCAGUGAAAUGGUGCAAGAUAUUCUCGCCGGAGCAGUGCUCCGGCAUUAACCGGUUCGUUGCGGUGUUUGCCGUUCCGGUUCUUUCCUUCCACUUCAUAUCUCAGAACAACCCAUAUGAGAUGGACACCAAGUUUAUAGUUGCAGACACUCUCUCUAAGUUGCUGGUUCUUGUGUUGCUGUCCGUGUGGGCUAUCUUGUUUAAGGGAGGGUUGGACUGGCUCAUCACUCUCUUCUCUCUCGCCACUUUGCCAAACACUCUGGUCAUGGGCAUCCCUUUGCUCAAUGCCAUGUAUGGAGACUUCACUCAGAGCCUCAUGGUGCAACUGGUUGUUCUUCAGUGCAUUAUCUGGUACACUCUACUGCUCUUCCUGUUUGAAUACAGAGCUGCCACUCUACUGAUCAAGAACCAGUUCCCUGGCUCCACUGCCGCUUCCAUAUCGAAAUUUGAGAUAGACGGAGACGUCAUAUCGCUAGAUGGCCGUGACCCAGUACGCACCGAAUCUGAAAUCGAUGGCAAUGGUCGUAUCCGCGUGCGUAUCAGACGGUCCACAUCUUCCGCUCCGGACUCGGCCUUAUCAUCGUCCAUGGGCAUCACUCCCAGGGCGUCCAAUCUCUCCGGAGCCGAAAUUUUCUCCGUCAACACUCCCGCGCCGCUGCAUGAGUACCACAACGGAAACGCCGAUAUUGCAUUCGGAAAUGGAGAUUUGGGAUUCGGGUAUCGGUCGGCGAGUCCUCGACUAUCCGGGUACGCCUCGUCCGACGCUUAUUCGCUUCAACCGACGCCACGCGCCUCCAAUUUCAAUGAAUUGGACACCACUACAAUAACAACGACGAACACGCCAUUCUGGGUGAGAUCCCCGGUGGCAGGGAAGGUUUACCGGCAACAGUCGCCGGCUUUUUCAGGGGUGAGAAUGGUGUGGGAGUCGCCGGGAAAGUGCAACGGUGGUGGAGGAGAGAGACAAGGGUGCAAAGAUGUCGUCGGAGAAAGAGAGAUUAGUUUCAGGGACAGCUCCAAAUUUCCAGUGGCGGAGGAAGAAGACCCAAAAGCGACAGCGACCGGUCAAGAUAUGCCACGCACCCAUGUGAUGCUGAGGCUCAUACUGACCAUGGUCGGCCGGAAGCUCUCACGUAAUCCCAAUACCUACUCAAGUGUCCUAGGCCUUCUGUGGUCUCUAAUCUCCUUCAAAUGGAAUGUGGGGAUGCCGAGUUUGGUGAAGUAUUCAAUAAAAAUAAUUUCAGAUGCUGGUCUAGGGAUGGCCAUGUUCAGUUUAGGGCUGUUCAUGGCUCUUCAGCCCCGGAUAAUUGCCUGUGGAACAAAGAGGGCAACCAUGGGAAUGGGGAUCCGCUUCAUUUGCGGGCCUAUAUUAAUGUCAGCUGCGUCCAUAGCUGUUGGACUAAGAGGAGUUCGACUUCACGCAGCCAUAGUACAGGCAUCUCUUCCUCAAGGGAUUGUACCAUUUGUCUUCGCUAGAGAAUACGGUUUGCAUCCUGAUAUUCUGAGUACCGGGGUUAUAUUUGGCAUGUUAGUGUCCUUACCAGUAACGCUCCUCUACUACAUAUUAUUAGGCCUAUGAAGAAAAAGGCUGGGGGUUACUUUCAGCAAAGCAUGUGGAGCAUCCAAAGUAUUCCGUGUCAGCACUUGGGCCCUUGAUGUUGGGUUGAGCCAAGGCAUACGCCCGUCUCAUUACCCACUAAAAAUGGUUUCUCUAGGCUUUUCCAAUAUUGAAAAUGCUUUUCUAGGGGCUGACUUGGGGUUUGUAGAAUUUCAAAAGCCGAAAAAUAGGGUUAAAUUAGAAGUUGACAAAAAAGAAUUAGGGUUUUAAGGCCGUGGGAGUUGUUUUGGUGCAUGGACUAGUGGUAGCCGAAAGGAAAUGGAUGAUCAUGACUUAUGAUUAAGGAAGAAGACCUAUUUUUCCUGUGGGGUGGGGUGGGGGGGGCUUGGAUAAAGUUGUUCAUGUAAGCCUGUAACCAAGUGUGUUUGACUCCAGAAAAGUAAAAAAGAAAAAAAAAAAAGAGAGAGAGAGAGAGAGAGAGAGAAGGCAAAAUCAUUCGAUCGUUUCUGCUUUUGUUUUGUGUCAUUUGGAUAUGUAAAACAAUGAUCACCACACUAGUUCUUGCCUCCCACUUUUGAAGCGAUUUUAAUAUAUGAAACAAAGACCAGAUCGUCUUAGAAUUGGAAUGUUGUAAGCGAGAUCUCUAGAGAAGUUUGAUCAGUUUUCUUUCCUUUAUUUGUUGCCACUAUAUCCAAAAAUGUAAGGACGAGGGCCUUCCAUGAAUGUCUCAUGGAAAUGCAAUCAUUUCAUUGUGUCUCAGACGGCCUAAAAAGCCUCCUAUGAAGCAAAGAAUGGAAAAGAAAAUAAAAUUUGUCUCUCUAAUGCA